GCGGAUCCAUUUUCUGUCCGGACUUUGCCAGGACAAAGGAACCCUGGAUGUGGUCCCGACACCGGAGGCAGCCCUUAGGGAGCUGCUCCGAGGCCGCUCCGAGUACUCCUCGGACGUGCCGACAACAUUGGCAGCCUGCUCGCUCGAGCGCAUCUCCCUUCCUGCUUCGCUCGAUGGCGCACCUCGAGUGGAGGAACUUCUGGAUGGGGAGGCCCGUCGAUACCUGCAGCGCAACACCAAGCUCUACAGGAAGUUCCUCCUCAUGCUCGACAAGGUACGACUGAGUAUGACGCUUACUUGGAGAGGCUUCGGGUCAGUGUUGCUCUCAGCGACGUUCGUGAUUGCUUCCACCGCCUUCGGUCGACUACUCGAAGUUCUCAUUGGGCAUGCUACCUUUGCCGGCCUCAUGAACCGCCCCGUCCUCCGCGUGUUCAACACAGUCUACCGCUUCAUAAACAGCAGCUACACGAAGCCAUCUAAGUUGUGGGCUGUCCGUGAUGAGCUGAUCGCCUUCAGAGGUCUCAUGAUCUUUUUGCGCGCG